UUCUCUCUCUCAGACAGUAAGGAUUGUAUCCUGGAGCCACUUUCCCUGCCAGAAACUCCAGGUGGCACCACCACUUUAGAAGGUUCUCCAUCUGUGCCUUGUAUUUUCUGUGAAGAAUGUUUUCCUGUGGCUGAACAAGACAAACUUCUGAAGCACAUGAUUAUCGAGCAUAAGAUUGUCAUAGCUGAUGUCAAGUUGGUUGCUGAUUUCCAAAGGUACAUUUUAUAUUGGAGGAAAAGGUUCACUGAGCAGCCCAUCACAGAUUUUUGUAGUGUGAUAAGAAUCAAUUCCACAGCUCCAAUUGAAGAACAAGACAAUUAUUUUUUAUUAUGUGAUGUUUUACCAGAAGAUAGAUUUCUUAGAGAAGAGCUUCAGAAACAGAGACUGAAAGAAAUUCUGGAACAACAACAGCAAGAGAGAAAUGAUACCAAUUUUUGUGGUGUUUGCAUGUUUUGCAGUAUGGAAUGCUUUGGUAACAGAUCUGUACUUUUGAACCACAUGGCCAGAGAACAUGCUUUCAACAUUGGAUUGCCAGACAACAUUGUAAACUGCAAUGAAUUUCUCUGUACCUUACAGAAAAAGCUUGACAACUUGCAAUGCUUGUACUGUGAGAAGACCUUCAGGGACAAAAACACACUUAAAGACCAUAUGAGAAAAAAACAACAUCGCAGGAUCAAUCCUAAGAACAGAGAAUAUGACAGAUUUUAUGUCAUCAAUUAUUUGGAACUUGGAAAAUCUUGGGAAGAAGUUCAGUUGGAAGAUGAUCGGGAGUUGCUAGACCAUCAGGAAGAUGACUGGUCUGAUUGGGAGGAGCACCCUGUCUCUGCUGUCUGCCUGUUUUGUGAAAAGCAAGCAGAAACAAUUGAGGCAUUAUAUAGCCACAUGGAGGAUGCACAUGAAUUUGAUCUCCUCAAAAUAAAGUCAGAACUUGGAUUAAAUUUCUAUCAGCAAGUGAAACUGGUCAACUUCAUUCGGAGGGAGGUUCACCAGUGUAGGUGUUAUGGCUGCCACAUGAAGUUUAAAUCCAGAGCAGACUUAAGGACUCACAUGGAGGAAACAAAACACAUUUCACUGCUUCCUGAAAGACAGACAUGGGAUCAACUGCAGUACUAUUUUCCAACCUAUGAAAAUGACACUCUCCUGUGUACACUGUCUGACAGUGAAAGUGACCUAACAGCCCAGGAACCAAAUGAAAAUAUUCCUGUCAUCAGUGAAGAUACAUCUAGACUGCAUGCUUUAAAACAAAGCAGCAUUUUGAACCAGUUGCUACUACAAGAUUGUUUGAAAAACUAGAGGAAAGUGCUACAGCACCAAUUUUGAAUGUUUUCUCCUGUGCGGCAGAUAUGCACAUCAGCAAAGCGUUAAUCCUUGGUGAAAUACACUUUUUUCAAAGUUUUCAGAAAAUAAAGUAGAAAAAUACAAUCA